UUGAAUCACUUCACACGGUCGGCGGUCGGCUGGCUUCAGACGGCAGAGAGCGAGCGCGAGUUACUCCAUCAGCGACCGCGACGAGCCGCUCCACCAGCUGGACGGCGACUGCGGCCCGCGCAGGCCGCACCCCGCACCCCUCACACCCCCCCGCACCCUUCACACACACCCCCGCACCCCUCACACCCUCCAGAUACAGAUCAAUUCACAGCCUCACUGUGUGCCGUCCCUCCGCCACGGACACGCGCCUCGUCUCUGAAUGAACCGUCUAAAAGACUGACAUUACACAAAGAGCUCCUCGAGAACAACGAGUUUCACUUGAACAUUGAUAGAAACACGCUUCAGUGA